AUGGCAACCCCUCGGCGUAACGACACCCGAAAUGGCCUGCCUGCUGAAGAUGUCUCGCUUGGAGGCCGUGAUACUUUUCCCGUCGAUACGAAACGAGUCAACCUCGGUGCUCAAGUAUUGGCACUUCUAGAGAAUCUUCCAUUCUAUAGAGAUCUGGUCACUGCGCGAUUUAAGAUAUGGAAGGGAUGGACUAUCGGCUGGCCAAUUACGAAUAUGGUCUUUACUGUAGUCGAGGAAAUGUGGAAUGAUCCGGACUAUGACGGCAUGGACCUCUGUCAACAAACUCUCAUGAUGUCUAAGAAACUCUUUGAAACUCACGCCCGGCCUUUGGAGGUACGGCCUUCUAUGAGCUGGGAAGAUUUCAAGUCCGCAUCAUUUGGCAGAUGGGAAGUCAUUGGCCUUCUGUUCAUUUUGACAGGUAUUACCACAGACUGGAUCUCUCACGAUGACCCCAUAUUUACACGCCAGGGUGCAAUGGAUGCGAAAAAGCUUGCUAUUACAGCCACCGCAGUGGGUGACACAUGCCUUCAGUUUUGCGAUAGCAGUGGCAUAAUCAACGACAUUGUAAGCUGGCUUCUGUUGCAUCAGACUUCGCUCCUUACGAUAGUCUAUGGUGAAAGUGACUUCCGACCAUGGAGAAAGCUUGGAGAACUAUCGACGACAGUAUUCGCCCUAGGUCUUCAUCAAGACUCGAGUGCAAAUACUCCUUUUUUCCUUGCCGAGAUGCGUAAAAGAACGAUGGUCGCAGCCUAUACAGUCGAUAAGGUGCUUGCCACCUUCCUUGGUCGACCACCACUCAUCAGUUGGCGCUAUUGUGACAUACAAAUGCCUCUGGACUUGAGCGUUGAGGAAAUAUUCGCUGAUCCGCCCUUUCGCGACGCUGCAAUUAGAAAAUUGGAUAAACAUACUGGAUGGAAUCAAGAAGCGAGUUUGAUGAAAGGCGCUUGGCCUCGAGUCGCUUUUGUUACCAGUGUUCUUCGUGAAAAGGUCCUGGAGCUAUCACUGAGCUGUCGCACAAGUGAUUUGAGUCAUCGAGUCGCAAAUUUAUCACACGAAUCCCGUCAAGAACGCCAAUUGUUGCCUGAAUUCCUUCAUUGGAACCCUGACAGCGACGGGUCCAUUAUAUCUAGGGUAGAGGAGGAUCUUCUUUUCGAGGUACAUAUGGAGUUUCUCUAUAAUGAUUUCCUGCUGUAUCGGACCCUAGCACAACGCACGGAAACUGAACCCGAGGCAAUCAUUGAUAUCUCGCGAGAGAUACUCAGUGCGGUGAUCCUGAUGGUAUCGAAAAAGAUUCGCUCUGGAUACUCCCUUAGCAGUCAUAUAGGAAAUCUUGUAUUCCUAGAUGUGCUUGCCGGGUCUGCCUUCGGCUGGCGUUCUCUCUGUGGAGCUGCUACGUCAAACUCGAUCCACGCCGCGGUCAACAGCGAUUAA